AUGACUUCCGGGCUGCUAUCCAAAUCCGAACUUCAGGAGCAAGCCGCCAGAGGCCGGCCGAGCACACAGGCCAAAGCUUCCGCCAUUGCAUGUCCCGAGGCCGACGUAUCGGACGCCAAUGUGGUCAAAGGCGGAUCCGCAGCCACCGCACAGAGCCUGCACGACAAGCAGCAGAACUUCUUUGCCAAGGCCGGUGAGGUUGCACGGAAGCCCGCCGGCGAAGUCACGAAAGAAGACGCAGCGGAGGUGCAGAAGGCCGAGGUGGGUAAAUAUGCGCCGUCUGUUUACCAUGCAAGUACACUGAGGGACGUUUUGGCCGGCGAGACUCCUGGGUGGGAGACCACCGAAGGGCUCGACUUCAGCGGACGUGCAAUCGCUUGCCGACCACAAUGCUCAGAACCAGGGCCAUUGAGAGAGGGAUAUGAGCUUGGAGCAGCAGUGUUGCGGUUCUGGCCACCGGUAGACACGGCGUUGGGAUCGGACGUACUGUGGAGGGCAUCUUCACGAAUCGCCGCAGGGGCAAAACAUGGGACGGGAACCUGGUCAAUCAGUCAACUUGAGAACCAGAAAGAUUAUGUGCGCUUAAUUCAACACCCUUUUGCAUCAAUUACAAUGAAUGUGUCAAAUCUCCGCCAGCCAAAGGGGAACUAG